ACUGACAAAAUGGCCGCCUUAUCACCAGUUCCUUCCAUGGAAGAUCUUAAGGUCAUGUUCCAAGAAAGCUCUCUUAUCUUCCCAUACAAAGAAACACCGAAAAAAUCGAUUUUCUUGUCCAACAUGGAUCAAAUCUUGAACUACGAUAUCCCGACUGCCCAUUUUUUCGGGCCAAACCCAGAUUUCCCGCCUGAAACAGUGGCCGAGAGGCUCCGAACUGCACUCGAGAAGGUGCUCGUGCCGUACGAUUUUAUGGCGGGAAGAUUGAAACAAAACCGGGAAUUGGGCCGGCUGGAGAUAAACUGCAACGCGGCGGGGGCUGGCUUUGUGGUGGCCAAGUCCGAUGUUUCUCUUGAUGAGAUUGGUAAUGAGAACCUCGUUUGCCCGAACCUCGGAUAUCGACAGCUGGCUGUCCAGAGAUUGGAUAGCUUGCCACCUGAAGUUGACCAGCCACUCUGUGUUUUUCAGGUAACAUCAUUCAAGUGUGGUGGUUUUGCAAUCGGCAUGUCUACGAAUCACAUCUUAUUCGACGGCCUAGGCGCCAAGGUAUUCCUCCUAAACCUAGCUUCCCAAUCUUUCGAAAACAAACCCUUAGCCAUCAUACCCUACAACGACCGUCGGAUUCUUGCCGCUAGAUCUCCACCGCAGGUUUCCUUCCCACACCCAGAGUUCCUCAAAUUCGACCUCCCUGUGGGCCCGGGUUCAACUCCCCCAAAGUUCGAUUGCAUCAUAGAAGAACUCGAUUUCAAAAUCUUCAAACUCACCACAACUCAGAUAUCCCACUUAAAGGACAAUAUUACUAAGACCUCCAAAAUUCACAGAAUUAGCACCUUUGCGGUGGUGGCCGCCCUCAUUUGGCGGUGCAAAGCCUUUUCCGAUGAUAAAAAUAGGGUUUCGACUUUGCUCAAUGUUAUCGACAUUAGGCCAAGGGUGAACCCCCAAUUGCCAUCUUCGUACUCGGCCAAUGCAGUGCUUCCCUUGGGAGUUUCGGAAACUUGUGAAGAGAUACAAAAUGGGGCGUUUUCGAAGCUUGUGGAGAUUAUCACUGAAGGGGCUAAAGAGAUGACGCACGAGUACGUGAAAUCGGCUUUCGAUUGGUUGGAGUUGAAUAGAGGGAUUCCGCAUGGGGAUUAUAUGGUGAGCUCAUGGCUUAGAUUAGGGUUUGAUGAGGUGGAGUAUGCAUGGGGGAAGCCGAUGUACAGUUGUCCGGUGGUGAAUCAUCGGAAAGAUAUUUGUUGGGUUUUUCGAGAUGCCGUUGAUGGUGGUGUUUCUGCAAUGGUGGCUUUGCCUUCUCAAGAGAUGAACAUAUUUGAGGCUGUUUUUCAUGACUUCUUUGCUUCAAUAUAAUAUUUGUUUGAGUUUGGAAAUUCUUCAAUAAUGAAUAAUUUGAUGUGUGCAUGCAAAUAUGUAAUAUUGUUCUUCGUGUGGUUUAUUGUUGUGCGUUUAAUUGGUUUUGAUUGUUCAUCUAAAGUGCUUUAUUGCCCAUUUUAUAUAUUAUUU